CAACGGCGCGGAAAUGCGGGUUGAAGAGGAAAACUUUUUGCUCUUAACAAAACAUCCCGCACAGUUUGGCGCAUUAAUCAGCAAUCGCGCAAUAAAUUGGUCUACCCACGAAAUCCGCAAAACAGCCACAGGAUUGCCGGUAAAAGGAUUUCAGGUUUCUUUAAUUUUUAUUUGAAUUUUACCACCCGCCAUGGUGGUGCAACGGUUGGCAUAGCGACUAUGCGGUUCCCCGUUUCAAGCGAAAGUUCGACUACAACCCUGCUGCAAAAGGCGCGCGUACCGCCGAAGCCAGCCAUCAUCGAGAGAUAAGAACGCCGAGCAGAAUUGGUUUUCCGCGAAAAGGGUUAGCUUUGCCUUGAUUUCUCCUCAAACUUUAACCGUGAUCUGAAAAUGACUGGAAAUAAAACGAAAUCGUCUCGUGCCGGACUAACGUUUAGCGUCGGUCGGACGCAUUCCUACAUGCGCCGAGGAAACUACGCCGAGCGUAUAGGCGCCGGAUCAUCCGUUUACAUGACCGCGGUCCUAGAGUAUCUGGUGGCCGAAGUAGUAGAACUGGCGGGAAAUGCUGCCCGCGAUAAUCGCAAGACGCGCAUCACCCCGCGGCAUCUUCUGCUAGCCGUGCGCAACGACGAGGAGUUGAGCUCGUUGAUGAAGGACAUCACGUUUGCGGAAGGCGGUGUGUUACCCAACAUAAACGCGAUGCUGUUGCCGCGUAAAACGGGUGCAGCCUCGAAAUCCGCGGCAUCUGCCAAUGCUCAGAGUCAGGAAUAUUAGAAGAAAGUGGCGGACGCAGUUCUCCGUUCUUUUUUAAUCUAGAGUAACGUACGCGGCCGGAUCUAAUUUGGCCCGAACUGUUGAGGUGGUGGCGACGGCUUAAGCAUCUAGAGAACGCCCGGUGUGUAAGAUCUGAAGAAUAUUUUUUUAUCAUUGUUAUCUUGUGAGCGAAAGCAGCCGAAUCGGUGGUUGUGGAGGUGGACAUUCCCAAUCAAAACAGUAGUUUGUAUCGUGCCAUCGAGUUUUGUAAAAUCGGCUUUUAAUAAAGUAUU